AUGGUGGGAGCGGAAGAAGAGGAGGUGGUGGAGGAGGGGGAAAAGGGGGGGAACAAGGGGAAGGCGGCGGGGAGGAGCGAUUUCAACGUGUUGGUGGAUAUGGAGGAUCACGCGAGUGUCGCUAGGGUUCCGGAUGAGUUUCCGACGUUGAGCAAUCCGUUGAAGCUGUUGGCGCAGGUGGGAAGUGAGGAGAGUGAACGGAGGAGGGGCGGUGGUGAGCAAGGGAUGGAUCGGGAACAAGGGUCGGGUGUCGAGGUCCAGACGGCAAGCAGAAAGAGAACAAGAUCGAGGUCUCCGCUCCCCGCCGUAUCGACGACGCAAUCAAACACGAACGAGUCGCAAACUACGUCUGCCGACACCACCGCCGUCUCCACCUCUCUCGCUCCCACCUCGCUCACCCCAUCCCGUUCUGCUCCGAUCACCACCACCAACAGCUGGUCCACAACCUACUUUUCCCGCGGAGCAUUCCACCCGGUCUACGACAACCGACCCGAAUUCGACCCCAUCGACCGUCGUCUACUCACCACCUCCCAAGCCACCCGCCUCAUCUCGUCCUUCUACUCUUCCUUCGGAACGUUCAUGCACAUCUUCGACCCGGCUCUCUCGACCUUUGCGUACAUCCGCAAGCACUCCGCCUUCCUUCUGACGGUGAUCUGUGCGAUCUCUGCCGAGUUCGAAUCGUCUCCAGACCCUGUGGUGCAGAGGGAAUCGGCGGGGUUGGCGGUGGUGUUGCGCAAGCACUACGAGGGGAUCCUGACGUGGAUCUGCAGUGGAGAUUACAAGAACGUGGAGAUGGCGCAGGCGUUUUUCCUGCUGGCGUCGUAUCGACCGAUGGCGGAUAGUGCGACGGCGGAUCAGACGUGGUUGUACCUCGGAACGGCGAUCCGCAUCGCGACCGAGUUGGGGUGCAAUUUGGUGUGUUACUCGUACACCAACACAUCGCGUGUCCAGGGUGAGCAGGAGAGGGAACACUAUACGAGGCAGCUGCGGAAUACGGAGAGGCUGUGGAUCAAUCUGUGGAAUUUGGAAAAGACGUUGGCGAGUCAGACGGGUCAGCGGAUGCAUUUGGCGGAUGAGGGGGUGGUGGCGACGUGCAGUAGGUGGCACGGGAUGGAUUAUGCGUUGCGGCAGGACGAGGUGUUGGUGGCGCAGGUCGAGUUGAGGAGGGUCAUGAUGCGGAUGGUCGAUGUGUUUCAUACGCACGUGAUGAAGAGUUUGGGGUCCAGGGCGAGGAUCGCCAACGCCGCCACCACCACCACUCGCGACAACGAGGAGGACCUGGAAGACUCGGCAGAGGGAGACCAGCUCUCACUCCAGCUGAGCUACUUCCGCAAUUCCGUCGACAUGGAUCUCAAACGUUGGCAAGAACGUUGGCUCUCCUCCUCGCCCAUCAACCCGUCCACCCCGCCCACCCCGCUGCAGAUCACAGGUCCGCUAUCGCUCGACUACGCCGCACUCGUAACAUACGCCCUGCCGCUCCCCAUCACCUACACGGUGGACGUGAGCGCCGAGCUGUCGCAGCUCUACCGUCACUGCUACAUCAGCUGCACCAACUACAUGGCCACCUUCAUCGACCGUUGCAAGAAGGGCUGGAUGGAUCACGUCACCAACAGCACGGUCAUCUCGACCGUGUAUGCUGUGGUGUUCGGGCUGGACCUCGCGAGAAAGGCGGGCAGGAGCCGGCAGCAGAAGGGAGGCGUGGACUUUGGGUUUGUCGAGGGGAGCAGGGUGGUGAGUCUGGCGAGGAGGACGGCGGGAGAGUUGGAAAAGAUCGGGAACGCUAAGGGUGGCAGGGGUGGAAGGAGUGUGGCUAGCAGGUAUAGUGGGUUCCUGAAGGGGUUGCUGGAGAGGUUCGAGGUGAAGGUGGAGAUGGGCGAGGAGACGGCAGAGGCAGCAGGUGAGGCAGGCGGUGUGCAGGAAAGAGAGAUGCCUGCACAUGGGAGCAGGUUCGAGAACAACAAUGGAACCAGUGGUGCAGCGGAGCAUGUUCCAGAUGGCACGUCGUCUUCGUCGCUGCCAGCGCACGGCGAGCACUCGAUCGGAUCGAGCGGAAGCCAACCCACUGUCGGCGAGUCAUCCCGACACCUUCGAAGGGAUCACAACCACCCUCUGCCACACAGCUACACGCCACAGUCUCCUACUCCUCGCGCAUCCCGCAGCACGGGCAAGCAAGGCACCAAAGCGUCGCACGCCUACUCUUCCAACCUGCUCUUCUCCCCGCAACCACACCAAACCCUGUCCCCCUCAUCACAUGCGCCGCAACACGCACCAGCUGCACCCGCUUCCAGCUGGACAGCCGCUUCGCCAUCCCACCCUUCGCUCUUUAUCACACCGCGGUUCGUGCCUCCUCCGCACCAUCACAUCCCAAAUGCGGAUUGGAACCACACCCACGCAGCUGUGCAAAACGGCGGUGCGCUCUCGCCCGCCACGUGGUUCAACCAGAUCAACUCGUCCGCACCUGCUCUCGACACUGCGCAGAACGGCGCGACAACGACGACGAGAGGGACGGGUGUGGUGGAGGAGUUGGAUCCGUCGUGGGAGUGGAUGAUGGCGGAUUUGGAUUUCUUCAGUGUCGACGGUGGCGGUGGGGGUGGAGAGCCGAUUCUGGAUCAGAUGGGAAGGCUGUUCGGUUGA